AUGGUCAACUCGUGUUGUGGCUCCGUCUGCUCUGAGCAGAGCUGUGAAGAGAGUUGCUGCUGCCAACCCAGCUGCUGCAGACCCCACUGCUGCCAGUCUGUGUGCUGCCGCCCCAGCUGCUGUGGUUCCACCUGCUGCCGCCCCUGCUGCUCCAGCUCCAGCUGCUGUGGCUCCAGCUGCUGCCGCCCCUCUUGCUGCAUCUCCAGCUGCUGCCGCCCCUGCUGCUCUAGCUCCAGCUGCUGUAGUUCCAGCUGCUGCCGCCCCAGCUGCUGUAUCUCCAGCUGCUGCCGGCCCUCUUGCGGUGGCUCCUCCUGCGGUGGCUCCAGCUGCUGUAGACCCACCUGCUGCAUCUCCAGCUGCUGCCGUCCCUCUUGCGGUGGCUCCUCCUGCGGUGGUUCCAGCUGCUGCCGCCCCACCUGCUGCAUCUCCAGCUGCUGCCGGCCCUCUUGCGGUGGCUCCUCCUGCGGUGGUUCCAGCUGCUGCCGCCCCAGCUGCUGCAUCUCCAGCUGCUGCCAGCCCUCUUGCGGUGGCUCCUCCUGUGGCGGUUCCAGCUGCUGCCGCCCCAGCUGCUGCAUCUCCAGCUGCUGCCGGCCCUCUUGCGGUGGCUCCUCCUGCGGUGGUUCCAGCUGCUGCCGCCCCAGCUGCUGCAUCUCCAGCUGCUGCCGUCCCUCUUGCGGUGGCUCCUCCUGCGGUGGCUCCAGCUGCUGCAGACCCACCUGCUGCAUCUCCAGUUGCUGCCGUCCCUCUUGCGGUGGCUCCUCCUGCGGUGGUUCCAGCUGCUGCCGCCCCAGCUGCUGCAUCUCCAGCUGCUGCCAGCCCUCUUGCGGUGGCUCCUCCUGCGGUGGCUCCAGCUGCUGCAGACCCACCUGCUGCAUCUCCAGUUGCUGCCAGCCCUCUUGUGGUGGCUCCUCCUGCGGUGGUUCCAGCUGCUGCCGCCCCACCUGCUGCAUCUCCAGCUGCUGCCGCCCCACCUGCUGCCAGACUACCUGCUGCCGCCCCGCCUGCUCCAGUGCCUCUUGCUGCUGA